CACAACCGCUCUGUGAAAUUCCUGCGCUCGCUGAGCUGCGACGCCACCUGUCUAACGCUAAACUUCUAAAGUCUCUCGUAGACCGACUCCAGUCCAGCUGUUCGUCCAGCGAUUUAUCUUUGCAUCUCGGUCUCUGGAUUCCUGCAGGGCCAUGUGGCGAUAGGCUUGUCAAAGUUUGGGUAAGUUAGGAAGCAUAAGAGAUCAGGUUUCAUCUACUAAUUACAGAGGUGGUUGCUAAGAGAUGACAAUCGGUGACAUUGCUGAAAGCCUCGGUUCCCCAGCAGUCUGAAGCUCCACUUCUCUGGGCUCCCUUUGCUCUAGCACUCUGUCUACAACUGGCUCAUGUGAAGGACGCAGAAACACACUUCUACAACAAGACACUGAUACCAUGGCAGCUUUCACCUCCCCAUGUCCUGACAUCAAUACCACAGGCUGCAGCAUGGCCCAGACAACAUGCCUAGGGAAAGGAAGCACCGACAACAUGUGUGCACAAGAGCUGACAAGGAGCGGGAAUUCGGACGUUGAAAAGAACACUAUCCUGGGGAAAACUCACGAGUUUUUCCAGAUGUGCGACAUUGAGAACAAAGGCUUCAUUAACCGCCGGGACAUGCAGAGACUGAAUAGUUGGCUUCCUCUUAGUGCAGAGGAGCUGGAGAACGUGUUUGAUACGCUGGAUUCUGAUGGCAAUGGAUUCCUCACACUGGAAGAGUUCUCCUCUGGUUUUAGUGCAUUUUUGUUUGGUCGGAGGAUUUCUGUAGAUGAUGUCAUGGGUGAGAAAACCCUCAGUCAAAGCCUCCCAGAGGUUCUAUAUCAGUCCCAGUGGGAAGAGGGUCAAGGAAAUGGAGAAGAUGACGAGGAAAAGCACUUUGCUAUGCUCAUGGAGAGCCUAGGGGCCAGCAGCAUCCUAGAGAAUCCUGCAGAAGUGCGGAGUCUGUGGGCCCAGCUGCGGCGCGACGAACCACACCUUCUGACAAAUUUUGAGCAUUUCCUGGCCAGAGUGACGGCACAAAUCAGAGAAGCUGACCAGGAGAAAAGGGAGAUGGAAAGUGCUCUUAAAAGGAAAGCGGCAACCCAUGACAAUGAGAUCCAUCGCCUAUAUGAAGAAAUGGAGCAGCAAAUAAAAAACGAAAAAGAAAAAAUUCUACUGGAGGAUUAUGAGCGAUUUCUGUCACGGAGUAAAGACCUGGAGCUGCAGCUGUCCAGUAAAGAGAAGGAGCUGGAACACAUCUUCCAAAAACAGAGAAAGUUGGAGCAUCAGUGCCAGGAACUUCACAGCGAGCAACAUGAGACCAAAGUAGAAAACGUGAAGCUGAAACAGACAAACGAUGAUCUGGCUCGAGAGCUGGAGCUCGUCAGCCAGGAGCUAACAUUGGCCCAGGAGCAGCUGAGUUUGCUGCAAGAACAAUCUGCACAUCUUCAUGAGGAGAAAGAGAUGGAAAUAUACAGACUGACUGAAGGACUACACCGUGAGCGAGCAAGCCUUCUGAAACAACUCGAUCUUUUGAGAGAAAUGAACAAACAUUUACGGGAUGAGAGAGACAUGUCCUUUCAGAAACCAAAGAGUACCAAAAUGAGUUUAAAGCAGAGGACUUUUCUUGAUGGCGUCAAACAAACCAGCACAGACAUCUUUAAGAGUGAGGAUGAAGAGGAACCAACUGCUCUCAGGCAGACCCCUGUUAACGGAUUAUACCAGCCAUCGCUUGCAGCUGAAGCCAGGUGUCGUUUCCAGAGGAUCAUCUCCAUCGAAGAAGACCACCUCCCCUAUUUACUGAAUGAAAACGCUCCCCAUAAGAGUGCUGAAGAACAAAGACUUUCAGACAGUGAACACGAUGUGGAUGUGAUGAUGAGCAAUAUUCAUCAGAGUUCCCCCCUCCCUCAGCAAGAGUCUGAGGACAUUGUUGAGGAGAGGCAGAUUCCAUCAUCUCCAAGGGGUCAGCCAGUGGGCAAAGAAACAACCAUAAAUGAGGAAAGUGUUCCUUCAGCACCUGACAGACUCUUCAAGGUUGUCCUGGUGGGGAACUCCAGCGUCGGGAAGACCUCCCUCCUCCAGAGAUUUUGUGAUGACCACUUCCACCCUGGCACUUUUGCCACAGUUGGCAUAGACUACACUGUGAAGACAAUAACUGUGGAUAACAGCCAGGUGGCGCUGCAGGUGUGGGAUACAGCAGGGCAAGAAAGGUAUCGAAGCAUCACCAAGCAGUUCUUUCGUAAAGCUGACGGUGUGAUUGUUAUGUAUGAUAUAACUGCUGAGCAGAGUUUCACUGCAGUCAGACAGUGGCUGGCAAGUGUCAAGGAAGGCACCGGUGAGGACAUACCCAUCAUGCUCUUGGGUAACAAAACAGACAAAGAGAGUGAGAGAGAAGUUCAGAAAGAAAUGGGCGAAAGACUUGCCAAGGACUGUCAGAUGGCCUUCUUUGAAUGCAGUGCAUGUUCUGGAUACAAUGUGGCAGAAUCAAUGGUGCAUUUAGCCAGAAUUCUGAAGGAACAAGAGGAUCAAGAAAAGGAGAAGACGGUCCAGCUGAUUAGCAGCCACACAAAGAAGAGAUCCUGCUGCUAAGAGAUAAGACACUUUAUACAAAGUUGCACUACCCUUUAACCAAGUUAUUACAUGUCCUAGUAUAAGCACAUGUGCCAGAGAAAACACAUUGAUAUAUGACUGUCAGCAAGUCUUUAACCCUGUCAGCAGGAUCAAAACUAUCUCCACCUGUCCGGUUGAAUAAAGGGAGGUUAGAUAUCAAACUAGCUGAGCAGGAUACAAAAUCAAACUAGAUUUUCAUAGAAAUUUCGUAGCGUCUGUUUUAAUUUAUGCUGUAUGUUUACUCUUUCACGUCGGAAGGCCAGAUAAUUUUUUUUCUUUGAUUUUUAUCAGUUAUAAUUACAAAUAUAUAUAUAUAUAU